AAGAUGAAAGCUGUCGCAGCUAUCGUGCUGGUGCUCUGCUACCUGGCUCCCAGUCAAGCCUGGAACUGCACUGAGGGUCCACGGCUGUACCAUGCCCUACAGAUUGAUGCGGGUCAUGGACAAGUGGUUGGAAUAAACAGGUACUCCUAUGUGUAUUUCCUGUUGGGAACACAUUGGUACAGACUAAGCUCACUUAGAGUCAAGCAUUGCUCAGUUGGACCUGCAGGACUAUGGGCAGUUAGCACCACGAACAACGUCUUCAAGUGGUCAGCUGGUCGCUUUCAUCAGCAUGGUGGUAUGGGCAUUCAACAGGUGGAUGCUGGAGGUAAUGGUCAGGUGGUGGGAACUGGUUCCAACCAAACCUACUGUCUGACAAGAACUAACGCCUCAGCCUACAGAGAAGUGGCCGACAUGAGCUGGCAGUCGCUGUCAUGGACUAUGCAGUACUACAGCUGCGGCCCAUUCGGAUGCUGGGGCGUUGAUUCGAGCCAUAAGGUCUACUUCACACAGGGAAUCAAUGCAUCCACCUGCGCCACCGGUGGCUGGAUACACCUACCAGGGCAAAGCAUGAACAUGAUUGAAGUGGGGACUGACGGAUCUGUUUUUGGAGUGGGCACAGAUGGCCGGAUCUACCAAAGAAUUGGCAUCAACAGUAGUUGGGCACUAGGCACAGAGUGGUCCAUCAUCGCAGGCUGUAUGACAAUCCGCCACGUGUCCUAUGACCUGGGCUACCUAUGGGCUGUGACCGAAUCUGGUUUGGUCUUGCUGUGCACAGAAUAA